CCGGAAGUUGACAGUCUGUCACAUGCAAACAAAAUGGACGACCGUCUUCCGGCAAAAAUGAUAAUUUUUGUAUUAUCCAUAAGUUUGCUAUCACUGGCCUCUGGUCAGAAGAUGAUAGUUGCUCAUGCCCCUCAAUAUGUCACAUUCCAAGAACAAGGGAAGCCUCUGCCUACAAGCGAUGUUUCAAAAAUGAUCUCACAUACUCUUGGCAUGCCAACAAAGUCUGACAUGACAUGGCAUGGAAUGCAACAUGGUUCAGUGUUUAAGCGUCCUAAGGCCAAUGUGCUGGUCACAGUUCUGACUGUUGAGGGUCAGCCAGGACCAAUGGUGACCAGCAAGGCCGAGUUUCCAGUGGAGCUGGACAAUGCUGGAGUAGACAUAUCAGAAUUGAUGAGCUCAUUAAAUGGAAACUUCAUGGGCAAAACACCACUUACGGUGGAUACGGGUCUGGACAACAGUAUAUUUGAUGUAAGGUCAGGGUUUGACGUGUUCAAGCGCAUUCCCAACACAUUACGUCGUAUGUCUGACCGACUGAUGGACGGCGAUUCAGUAGCUCAACAGCACACGGUGGGGACGCUUAACUCCAGCAUCAACACCGACCUCUCUCUGAUGGGGGAAUUACAAGUUAUACAGGAUGUUAUUAACACGGUGAAGUCAGAUGAAUCAUUCAAAUCCUCAGGGACCCCAGAUAUUUUCAGUUUCACGAUAUCUGGGCUACAGGGCUUGGCACAGGAGCACGGGCAGGACUCAUCACAGGUGGCCGAUGCGGGAAACCUUAUCUCUAGCUUCUUAAAUAAGAUGACAGAGCAAUUUAUCACGCUGUACAAGGAUAAUGUUGUUGUGGAGAUUUUACUGGUCACACCGCCUACCGGAUAUGUGAGAAAAGUUCGUGCUUUGCAGCAGGCAACAACACCUAAACCUGCAGUUCCAAUAAUCAGAAACGAAACGAAUAGUAAGGUUGCUCCAGACUACGAUGAAAACUACCCUGUGAUGUUCAACAUUGUUCUGUGGCUCAUGAUUUUUCUCGCCGUCAGCAUGCUUGCGGUCUCAUAUGGUAUAUGGAACAUAGAUCCUGGCAGGGACAGCAUCAUCUAUAGAAUGACCACUACUAGAUUGAAGAAGGAUUAAGAGAUAUAUUUCUGAUUAGUAUUUAUGUUAUUACGAUGUUACAAUGCGAACUUUACUUGGUACCGGAUACAAUCAAUCUUUCCGCAUUUGUUAGACAACUUGAAUGUGCUGUUUCAGUUAUGCAUAAGGCCAUUGUAAAUGAAGUUUGUUUUGGCAUAUGACCAAUGUAUCGCCAAACAAACUUUUCAUUCAUUGUGGCCUUAAAACGCUUCUUUACCAUUCCGAGGUAUUUCGUUGAAAAUACCAUAUUUUCUAGCUAAAGGAAUUAAUUUUGCAGUAAGUUAUUUGAUGUGGAUGUUAAACAUUUAUUUUGUUACCAUAAGUUCUGUAGAAGGGUAAUUUACCGUAUGUUUUGUAAUAAACGAUUAUUAUCCUUAUUGUUAUCUUGCUUGUAACAUAUCUUUUCUCCAAGAACAAUUAUUCACAUAUGCUUUUACCUAAUUAGAUUUUGCAGGCAAUGUUAUACUUUAAUUGCGUGUAUAUUACAAGAAGAUAAAAUAAGGUUGUUAAAAAAAUACUUCUUUUCUUCUGUUUUUGCACAAGUGUAAGCAAAUAAUGGGAAUUUAGGAGCUGUUAGAUGUUGAAGUGUUAACCGUUUUAAGUAAUUAAUUUGCAGUUUAAUAUAUCAAUAUUGUUUCUGUAUCUUACUUGUGUGUUAUUAAACAGGCAUAUGUUAAGGCCAAAGGAAUUGAAAUCACAUUUAGAUUUAUAUGUUAUAACCACACUUCGUAACAACGUUCUUUGGUUUAAUCAAAGGUCACACGCAUUUGUUUAUUGUACCAAGUUAUCACGUGACUAGUAAAACAUCUUGUAGGGCAUCAUGUCCACUGCUAUGUUGUUAUGGUAGAAAAAGCAAUGAAGUACAGGUUAAAGUACUUACAUUGUAAAUCUGUGAUGCUCUGAUCAAAUGAGUAUCUAUUGUAGAUGUGUAUCUUGAUCAAAAAUUAUACUGCAGGGCAUUUCUUCAAUAUUUCUAAGGGCUUUUCCAUUUAAACAUAUAACCCACAGGGGGAAGGCACUUCUUAUGUAUGCCAUCCCCCCUACAGAAGCAAAUUGACCCUUUUGGGGUUCAAAUUAGCGAAAAAAGACACCCACCCAUAUAUUACUAUGAAAAUAAUUGCCUUCCCCAAGUGGGUUUAUAUGUUUUACUGGAAUAGCCCUAAGACACUGGCCCUAAGAUAUUCAAAUGCAAGCAAAAAAAAUGUUUUAAUAACAAAAAUUGCAAUCAAAUCUCUGACAGUAAAUAAAUAUAAAACUUUAAUUUAUUUAAGUUGCAUUUAAAGUCAUUGCUACUAAACAUUUCUUUUUGCUUUUAAUAGGUCUGUUAAUCAAUCCAUUAAAAAAAGUUACUCUUUUAACCCAAGCUCCGAAUAUCAUUCAUCAUUUUUGGACUUUUUGUAAUUAAUAUGUAUGUACUAUGUUUCCAAAAUUUGUUUCUCAAGAAAUCCAAGUAUGUGGAAAGGAAUAUGAAACUUAUCUUACUUAGUUGUUCUAGUCUACUUGUUGGGUGUCUCCUUUUUUUAUUUAAAUCUGUGUUGUCUACCUUUUUGAUUUUUAAAUCUAGAAACAAGAAAAUGGAAAAUAUAAUGAUGAAAUUUACUGUAAAUGCAUUGUGUCCAUUUGUGUGAUAUUUUGAGAACAUACUGUGUUUAAAAGACUGUAAAUGUAUUUAAGUUACUCAUGUGAUGUUUUGAAUGAGUUUUGUUGCAAAUGUGUCAUAAGAUGUCUGUAUAAUAAUAAUAAUAAUAAUAAAUCAAAUAAU